AUGCUGCCAGAGAAACAAGAGUUCUCAACUGUUCGCAGUGGACUCCUGAAUGCACUCUGCCUCUUGGAUUUUUUGCUCCACUGUUUGAAGCAAUUCAUUUGUGUAGGAUUUUCCUUUGUUUUCCUCAAUAAUCUUGUCGAUUGUAUCCAGAAGCUUCUCAAUCUGGAACUUAUUGCUCCUGUAUUCAUCCCCCUGGUUGUUCUUCCAGUAUUUAUUAUCAAAAACGUUGCACCGGCCACCACAUCUCCUGAUCAAGGCCCUCAGCUCUUUACUUUGAUCAACAAACUCCUCGAUCUUUAUUCUUUCAUCCAGCUGGUCACCUGUUCUUACGAUUGCCUUCUCCUGUUCUGUGAAUUUAUCUACUCUGAGCACAAUGAGAAAAACAUGAGGACCGGGAGCACAUUCUGUGAUGCACCUCACCACCUCAGCCUUCAUCUCCUCCUCUGGCCGCCUCGUGUCAUAGAAUCCAGGAGUGUCAACAAAGACUAUUUGUUUCCCAUUAACACGUCCCACCACUUUUUGACAUACACUAGUUCCAGAUUCAGGACUAUUGUUGGUGGUACAAACGGUCUUUCCGAAUAA